AUGUCCAAUCUUGCAGGCGACGUCAAUGGCUUGAUUGGUGUAGCUGAACCUAUCAAAUUCACCUUCAUCGUUCGCCGAGACGAGGGUGAAGGCAUUUGGCGUAGGCAGUUCAAGCCUAAGAUGGAAGCCGAUAAGGAGGAGCAUCCCAUGAAGCGUUGGAUCAAGGACUCCCCUACCGCAAACACCUUGCUUCGAGGGAACAUAUUCAAAGCCUAUGAGGGCCCAACCCUCCCAGAGCCGGGUUUCAUCGUCUCGAGAACCGCAACUUGGCAAGACCAGUUGCAAAUGCAAGUUCGCCACGUCUAUGCUGCAGAUCUUGAGAACCAGUUCGCAAAAUGCACCGAAGAGGAAUGCAAUCGUCUGGGAAUCAAGGAUGUUUUCAUUAUCAGAGUCGGCUCUCUAGGCAUUGAGCGGUCAAAAUAUACCUCAAAGACGCUUCCCAAGCUUGUCUUGGACAAUAUGCGGCAAGUUGAGAACGAUGAUGCACUCAAAUUUAUCUCUCAUAAGUACCUUCACGAUUUGGGUAUGACCGCCGACAAAUCUCGCAAGUCGGGUGAUAAGCGUUUCACCAAUAGGUGUCAGAACAUAUCCUUACAUGAAGCUAUGUGGAACAAGUUCGAGGCCGAGAAGUACACCAAUGAUGAUUACGCAAAUCUGUAUACCACGUUGCACAGUGUGGUAAGGUGCCCCCACGACGACACUAUAAAUAUCUCCGACAUCAAUCCCAUUGUGAAGAUCCUUAUGAUCGACACCCUUCUCCUCGCCCAAGUCAUCUGUCUCACAUCUGCCCAAGCCAUUCGUUUCACGUUUCACACAUUAGUUCCCGAGUUUACAUUCCUGAUACUUGACGACGGAGCAAAGAGACGUGCAGACGUUACCAUGGCUAUCUGCGGCGCUUUCAAGUACCGGGUAGUCUUCGAGAACGGUGAUAUCAAGCAGCUAGGAACAUAUGCCGCAUCCGCGGACAACAAGGAGUUCUAG